CCUCCCGCCUCCUUGCAUUGCUCCCAUUUCGCCGCGAUCUGUCAUGCCCUCCGCUCAGCCACCAUCGCCUGAAGCAUCCAUCGCUCAGAACAGCCCUCACGUCCUCCUGCCGUUCCUCCAGUCUCAGUCUCAGAAUGCUCUCACCCGUCUCUAUCAGCGGCCAUCCUCCUGUCUCUCCAUAUUCCGUCUUCUCGCGCCAUUAUCAAAGCAACUCGUGAUGAACCUCCUUUGGCUGGACAGUCCAGUGCUGGCGGGAACGAUGGCGGCAUGGGUGGUGCUGGAUGGCAAGAAACUAUACGACGAAGCUCUGAACACCUUGAUGCGUCUACACAUACUACAAAGCUCUGGGGCCAAGCUCGCACUGAAUCCGACUUUUAAGGCGAGUAUGCGGCAAGCAAUCACGUGUAGUGGGACGACUGGGAGCUUUGGAGUGCCAGCGCAGAGGGAUGACAAACGGGACGCACCGAGUGUGGAGACACUCGACGGGUAUGCGGUACAACGAUGGGAGACAAUUCUACAUUACAUGGUGUCUUCAGGCCAGGGGCAGUACCCGACGAAGCCAACACAGGGUGUUCUGUAUCUCCUUCAGCGCAGCGGGUUGAUGGCGAGCUAUCAUGGCUCUACCCUUCAGAUUACAUCUUCUGGGUUCCAAUUCCUGCUCUAUUCACCACGCGACCAGUUGUGGGAUCUACUUCUCCAGUACCUGCAUAUGGUGGAGGAACGUCAGAUGGACCUUGUUGAAGUUCUGAGUUUCUUCUUCAUGCUUUCAACAAUGGAGCUUGGUAGAGAAUACUCAACAGAGCCGCUCAGUGAAACACAGAAGGCUAUGCUCGAGGAUCUGCGGGACUACGGACUGGUUUGGCAGCGAAAGGCCUCGUCAAAACGGUUCAGCCCAACACGCCUUGCGACCACACUCACUUCUGUUUCUCCAUCUCUUCCGACGGCGGGCGGAUCCCGAAACCCUGGAAGUGCACCGGGCGCUUCUUCGGUAGCCAACAGUACGGGCAUCAACACUAACGAUCACGGCUUCAUCGUCCUUGAGACUAAUUACCGUGUGUAUGCGUACACUGACAACCCACUGCAGAUUGCUGUCCUGAACCUGUUUAUCACUUUGAAGUACCGGUUCCCCAAUCUGGUCGUAGGCAUGCUCACGCGCGAGAGCGUGCGUCGAGCGCUGGGCAAUGGUAUCUCCGCUGAACAGAUCUCCCCGGAGACGGCGGCAUAGACCCCACGGCGAUCAUGUUCCCAUGCACCACCCGUAAAUGGUGCCACAGGAACGCGAUCACUGCUGCACGAUUGAGCGUGUGCCGGAGGGAAAAUUUCCCCAGAUCAACCUGGUGUGACUUUAGUCUCGCGGGCGCGGAAUUCCAUCGGAUCGAUUGGCUCACUGGCACCAGUGUGCGCAGGCCGGGGAACUCUGAUUUUACAGGACACAUGUGCCAUUUAAGAUUUAUGCACCCUGUUCAUAGACGGUUCAGCGUCUUGCGGAAAUUCUGCCGGCCCAAAUCCGCCAGCUACGAUGCUAGUCUUGUGUGCUCAUUUUCCUGUGGACACAAGUAUAAUGGGAUAUUUCUUCCUACGGGUGGCUCCGAAUAACUGUAAAUACCCAUAGCCAAUUCGCCGUUUGAUGUGGCCUUUUGUGCGAUAGUCCAUUCCACCAUUAUCACAUAUAU